AUGUGCCCGAGGCGAUGUCUGUAUCCCCGACUACCAGCCCGCAGGCCUGUAAGCGCAAGUUGCAAGACACUGAGGACUUCGGCUUUGAAAGAAGAUGCCACACCCUGCAGAGCUACGAACUGCAGGCCCCCCUGGCUCUCAGCGCCUAAGCCUCCCAACGGAUGGCGAAUGCUUGGUGAUCCGGCUGUCCACAGCUCGAUGCCACUGGCAAAUAUGAUUUCAGCGGUACAAGACCUUAUUGAUCCGGAUUUCGACCCCUUGACUGCUAUAUUGGAUGAGGAGCCGCGAUUCUUGAAACCUCUACCGACCCAUAUCUCUCCCGAAGACCUGGAGUUCUUACGCUUCCGCGGUGCCCUUACGAUUCCUGAAAGUGGCCUGCGGAAUGAGCUCCUCCGCUCCUAUAUCAAAUGGGUACACAGCUUCAUGCCCGUCCUGAACCUGCAACGGUUCUUAAGAAGCGUGGCCGAGAACGAUCCUAAUGGGAACGUCAGUGUUCUCUUGUUUCAAGCGGUGAUGUUUGUCGGGACUGCCUUUGUCGAUUUGAAACAUUUGCAGGACGCAGGGUAUUCGAGUAGGAAGAGCGCGCGGGACGCAUUCUUCACCAGAUUACGAUUGCUUUAUUCACUCGACUGCGAAGAGGACCGCAUCGUCAUCCUACAGGUUUCACUGUUGAUGACUUACUGGUCAGACCCUCAGAACUGCCGCCAUCGCGAUAUUUGGGACUGGAUCGGAAUAUGUAACACUCAGGCUCACUCCAUUGGUUUGAACGUUGACCCGUCAACGGCCAACGUUGAUCCGCAAACAAGGCGACUGCGGACACGGCUAUGGUGGUGUUUGUAUUCGCGGGAUCGGCUUAUUGCGAUGGGAAUGCGCCGCCCACUUCAAGUGAACGAGGGGACCAGUAAUGUCCCAAUGCUCAAACGGGAGGACUUUGAUUUCGAGCCGUUCUCUCCCUCUGCGGUUGCUCUUUUCCGUUGCCGGCAGCUUGAAGAUAGAUCUCAUCAGAAACGUCUUGCCACAAUGUUUAUUGAGAAAGUGAAAUUGUGUCAGUGCAUUGGCAGGGUACUAUUUGCGCAAUAUACCCCUUCUCAGCGUCAACUGGGAGCUACAGAUCGUACAACCGUGACCUUGAUACCAAGACAGGCUUCGGAAUCAGAAUUCACUCGAUGCAGGCAGAAAUUGGAUUCGUGGCUUGGUGGUCUUCCAAAAGAGGCCCAAUUCAUCCCAGCUUCUGGAAAUAGUCAGUUCCGCGAUGGCGAAGAUGUGUUGCUGCUGCACGGUGCCAUGUUGAGAAUGCUCUACCAUGCCACCAGUAGUGCGCUGCAUCGUCCUUGGGCUGCGAACACAACAGACCAGUCAAAGGCUCGUGUCCAAUGGCGCGACACCGCUCGGAGUAGAAUGCAUGAAGCUGCCACCGGAAUAACUCAUAUCAUUCAAGGCCUACAUAAUAUCAACCUCACAAGGUUCUUACCGCAAUCCGGUGUAACUGUGGUACUUCCAGCUGCAGUGGCACAUCUGUCGAAUUCGAUGUCCGAAAACCCGGCGAUUCGUGAAAGCAGUCUCUAUAACUUCCAUCGAUGUAUCCAUGUCCUACACUGUCUCAAAGACAUGUAUCCUGCUGCCAAUAUCGAGUUUGCAAAUCUGGAAGCUGCUAUAAAACAUCAAUCAGGAAACUACAAUUCCAACACAUUCUUCCAAAUUAUGCAACACAAUUUUGACACCCCGACAAUCUCGCUUGGAGACUUGCAACAUAACAACAAUGUCGAUACGGUCUCAACACCAAACUCCCUCGACCGACCUACACCAGAGAACCCUUCACGCAACCGUGCAGCAUCCUCUUCCGGGGCCCAGGCACAAAAGAUUGAACCGACCCCCACACAUAACUCAAAUGCAUCUCAGCCGAAUACAUACCAAACGCCCUUCCCUAACGACUUCGACUUUAAUGAUAACUUUGCAACCCCAGAAACGACCGCCGACCAUCCCUUUCCUUUUCUCGCCACCGACUUUGACGCUUUUCCUGACACUGCGCCGCCUGAUCCUCCAACGUCUUUGCCCAUCCAAUCACACGAGCUGGAUGAUCUAGACUGGGUGCAAGCUCUGUUUCCAAGCACGCCAAAUGCAGAGCGAGCGACAGAUGACCUUUUCGAUCAUACUGCUGGACUUGAAUUCCUAAACACACACGAGACUGAUCUGGAUUCUGAUCCGAGCCCCUUUGAUUACUCCCUACCGGCUGCUGACACUGGAAAUAAGCGACAUUAUUCGACUAGUCAUACAGAGAUUACGGGUGAUUUGGACCGGGAUUUGGGAUUGAAUGACGGAAAUGACAUGUUUUAG